CCCGUGCGUGCGGCCGGGCCGCCCUUUCCGUGCGCCGCCAUUCCGCGGGCGGGACGUGCCUCCGCCGCUCUCCGCUGCCGCGCGUGGCCCCGGCCCCGGGCUCGACAUGCAGAUCUUCGUGAAGACCCUGACGGGGAAAACCAUCACCCUCGAGGUUGAGCCCUCGGAUACUAUAGAGAAUGUGAAAGCCAAGAUUCAGGAUAAGGAAGGCAUUCCUCCCGAUCAGCAGAGGCUGAUCUUCGCUGGCAAGCAGCUGGAAGAUGGGCGCACCCUGUCUGACUACAACAUCCAGAAGGAAUCAACCCUUCACCUGGUGCUGAGGCUGCGUGGUGGUGCUAAGAAAAGGAAGAAGAAGUCUUACACCACCCCCAAGAAGAACAAGCACAAGAGGAAGAAGGUUAAACUCGCCGUGCUUAAGUACUACAAGGUGGAUGAGAACGGCAAGAUCAGCCGUCUGCGCCGCGAGUGCCCCUCUGAGGAGUGCGGGGCCGGAGUCUUCAUGGCCAGUCACUUCGACAGACACUACUGCGGCAAGUGCUGUCUGACGUACUGCUUCAAUAAGCCUGAAGACAAGUAAAUGUACGAGACAAUAAAAAUCUCAAGUUCUGUACCGUG